UGCGCGCGGAGGAGACAUGACGGCGUCCUCAGAACAGCAGCAGCAGCAGGAGGACUUUGUGGACGUCAGCCCUCCCCAGAGGAACUGGAAGGGCAUUGCCAUCUCCCUGCUGGUCAUCGUGGUGGUCUGCUCGCUCAUCAGCAUGUCCGUGGUCGUCCUCACGCCAGCCGAGCUUCCAGGAAGCAGGAAGUCCAGGAUGACGGUGUGGGACCUCCACAAGCCGGACUUCAGCCUUCAGCGUCCUGAGGCCACCUGGAUCGGCGAUUCCGAGGUUCUGUACCGGAACGCCGACGGCCACAUCGUCACCUUCAGCCUCAUCCUGAACGAGACCCGGGUUCUGCUGUGGAACUCCACCUUCGCGGCCUUCAACGCGGUGAAGUUCUCGCUCUCUGCCGAUGGGAAGUUCGCCCUGUUGGCGUACAACGUGACGCCGGUUUACAGACAUUCUUACACGGCGUCUUAUAUCAUUUACAACGUCCACACGCGGGAGGUGCUGGAGCUGAACCCUCCGGAGGUGCAGAACGCCGUCCUCCAGCAUGCGUCCUGGGGCAAACAGGGGCAACAGCUGGUCUACGUGUUUGAGAACAACAUCUACUACCAGGCCGGCACCAGGAGCCCGUCUCUGAGACUCACCUCCUCCGGCCUGGAGGGCGUCGUCUUCAACGGCGUGGCGGACUGGCUGUACGAAGAGGAGGUGCUGGGGUCCCAGCUGGCGCUGUGGUGGUCUCCUGACGGACAGCGCCUGGCCUUCCUCACCAUCGACGACAGCCUGGUGCCCAACGCCCUGCUGCCCCAGCUCACCGGCGGCUCCUACCCCCGCGGCCGCCUCUACCCGUAUCCCAUGGCCGGUCAGGUCAACCCGGCGGUCCGACUGUCGGUGGUCAGCCUGUCCGGAGCGACGCUCACCCAGGAGCUGCAGCCUCCUGAUUCGCUGGCUGUCAGGGACCUGUACGUCUCCAUGGUGAGCUGGAUCAGCAGCACGCGGCUGGCGGUGCGCUGGCUGAACCGGCCUCAGAACCGCUCGGUGCUGGCGGUGUGCGACGCGGCGGCCGGCCGCUGCCUGCAGAGGCGCCGGGAGUCCUCCGAGACGUGGCUCAGCAGACCGAGCGAGCGGCCGCUGUUCUCCGAAGACUCCGCCCACUUCCUCCUCACUCUGCCAGUGAAGCAGGGCGACCAGGGAGAGUUUCACCAUCUCACCCUGAUCACCAGGAAGGUUCACGGUCAGGAUGAGGUUCGUCACCUGACCUCAGGAGCCUGGGAGGUCACGCACAUACUGUCGUACGACCAGAUCAAGCACAUAGUUUACUUACUGAGCACCGAGGACGGAGCUCAGAACAGACACCUGUACAGUGUGUCCACCCUGGGCGCGUUUCCACGGCGAUGUCUGACCUGCUCACUGAGGGAGGGGUGCAGCUUCUACGAGGCGGACGUCAGCCCCGACGCUCGGCACGCCAUCCUCAAGUGCCAAGGCCCCGGCGUUCCAGCCGUGCUGCUGCUGAGUUUGGACGAUGUGGACACGUAUUUCAUCCUGGAGGAGAACCUCGCUCUGCGGGCGGCGCUGGACGCCAAGAGGACGGUUCAGACGGAGAUCCGAACCAUCGUCCACCAGGACUUUGAGCUGCCUCUGAAGCUCACCUACCCUGCAGACUUCUCGCAGUCGUCCAUCUACGGCCUGCUGCUCAUCGUCGGCAGCUCUCCGGGCCGGCAGCAGGUGACGGAGCAGUUCUCUCUGCACUGGGACCGGGUGCUGGUCGGCUCGGAGCAGGUGGUGGUGGCCCGGCUGGACGGCCGGGGCUCGGGGUUCAGAGGUCAGAGGCUUUCUCAGCAAAUCCACCAGCGGCUCGGCGUCGUGGACACCGAGGACCAGAUCGCAGCUCUGCAGUAUCUGGUGAAGCUGCCGUUCAUCGACCGGACUCGGGUGGGCGUCUAUGGGGAGGCCUACGGAGGCUACCUGACGCUGACGAUGCUGAAGUCCUCAGAGAAGCUGAUCCGGUGUGCGGCGGCCCGAGCGCCGGUGACCGACUGGUCUCUGUACGCCUCCAGCUUCUCAGAGAGAUACCUGGGCCCCCCGUCCACCGAAGACAGCAGAUACCAGGCUUCCAGAGUGCUGCCCAGCAUGAGAGGUGUGCAGGGAGGAGCUGUGUUUCUGGCCCACGGCACCGCUGACGCUCACGUUCACUUCCAGCAUUCAGCAGAGCUCAUCAAGCACUUCAUACAGAUCGGAGCCAACUACACCCUGCAGAUGUACCCAGACGAGGGUCACUUCCUGUCCGAGCAGAGCCAGAUCCAGCUGACUCACUCCCUGCUGGGCUACUUCAGAGGCUGCCUGCUGGAAGCGGCGUCGCCGCUCCUCCACCAGCGUGACGCCGACUGA